UUUUUUUAUGUAUUGAAAGUGAGAAACGUGUUGGAAAAGUGCUAAGAUCCUGGGUACGAGUUGGUUGGCUAUUCCCGCGAGAGUUGCACCUCGAGGUGGACAUCGUGAGGGAAAAAUGGCGUCGGGAGAUUCUACGGCAGCAAAGGUUGGAAACAAGCAAGUCAAGGUGUCUCAGGAGCAGGUCGUGGCGGGGUUUAACCAGCUACGAGAGCAGCAGAGAGCUGUAGCUUCCAAAUGUUCGGAGCUUGAGAUGGAACUCAACGAACACAGGUUAGUGGUUGAAACAUUGAAGGAUGUGGAUGGGGAUAGGAAGUGUUUCCGGAUGGUCGGAGGUGUGCUGGUAGAGAGGACAGUGAAGGAGGUGUUACCAGCCCUGGAACAUAACAUGGAGCAGCUCAGCAAAUUGAUAGAGUCCUUAAAUGCACAAGUGGUCGCAAAAGGCGAGGAGCUGACAAAAUACCGGGAGAAGUACAACAUCAAGAUCAAGGGUGAAGACGAGACACCCAAAGGCACAGAGUCAUCUGGAGGUGGCAAGGAGAAGUCUGGCACACAGGGCAUCCUGGUGUCCUAAUGGAAGGAGAUCCGAGUGAUAGUUGUGGUGUCAGUUACAGCUGUCCGCUUCCAGGCCUAUAUGGAAAACAGAAACAACGAAAUGUGGUGGUUACCAGUCUUUAUGCAAAUAGUUAUUUCAGCCAUUUGUAUGUUAAAUAUAGUACUCAGUAUUCCAACUGAUUUGUGUGGGCAUCUAGAAAGCAAACAAAGGCUUUUGAAUUAGUGGACACCACUAUUGAAUUGUUAAAAUGGAGUGGUAAUAAAACCAUUAAAAUGAAGGCAGGGAGUCCAAUUGUAACAUAUGAACUGGAAACUAAGACUCAAAAUUAAGGCUGAGAUUGCCUUAUAACAACAGGAAAUUUUCGAGUGGCAACAUUAUUUCAAAGCCAGUGCACUGAUCAUGGAUUUAAUUUCUAUGGCUAUAAUUACUACACACCACACCACAACUCAAAACACCCUUAUGACAAAAAGGGUUAAAUGUUCAGACUAGCACAAUAGAAAAAUAAUUGAAUAAAAUGUUUGCAAAAACAGACCCCAACAGUGCCGGCUGUUAUACUAGUAUGUGCAUGUUGUUUUUUGUGCUUGUGUGUUUGGUGUAUAACCUUACAUUGUUACAAUACAAUAUUUGUUAACCUUACAAGUUCUGUUUAGAUGAUACAAUUUCUGUGUAGACCUUUUUGCACACAUUUUUCAUAAAGAUUUUGUAUAAUGUAUUAUUGUGUCAGUUAUCACUUAUGUCUAUAUAAACAAUGUAAUGUAUGUGUUUUUUUCCUUUGAAUAU